GGAAGCUUCGCUGUCAAAGUUUCAGAGCACUGGAAAAUGUCAACCGUGCAGUUGCUUGCUCUUGGCAGUCAAACCAGUUGAAGUCCUCCAGGUGCACAAUAUGGGGCCCAUAUUUGUCUGCUAAAAGUAUGAGAAGUUGUAAGAGGAAGUUGUUCACUCAGUCAGGUCACUUUAAAAAACAAGCUCCUGAGUCACAGGCAGAGCUGUUAUUUUGAGGAACUUUGAUCGGCCUGUGAGGCUCUGCUAUAAAGCAGCAUGUGAUUCUUUUGCUGUGUUUUUUCCACUCUGCGGUAUAUGGAAGAAACAGGUGUGACGGCCAGUGUCACUGGAAUAAAUUUGACAGAAACCAGAGGAAAGAUUUUGUGGAGACAUUUGCACCCCCAAAUGACAGGAAUCUCAUACACUGCUCACGUACUCAGUUUCUAAGAGGCCCUGCUUCACUCUGAGUGUUACAGAUGGACUCUUUGACCACACCAUCUCUGUCUCCCUCACCGGUGUCUCGGCUCAGUGCAGAGGAGAUGAAGUUACUUGCUAAACUUGAGGAACAAAACAGGCUGCUAGAGACAGACAGUAAGUCUCUCUGCUCUGUAAACGGAGUCCUGGGAAGUCCCACCUCACCUAAAACCUUCUCUUUUGACGAUGACAUAUGGGGUCAAGUCAUUAAAGAAUGGGACGACUGGAGCAAAAGAAAAGUGGGACAGAUUAAGGUGCUGAUCAGGAGGGGUGUCCCCGCUCACCUGCGGCCCGUGGUGUGGCAGCUGCUGUGUGACGCUCAGAAUGUGGCCGUGCGUCAGCGCUACUCAGAUCUGCUGAAGAGCUCGUGUCCCUCUGAGACGCUGAUACACAGAGACCUGUCACGCAUCCUCCCACAACACCAGCUCUUUCAGAAGCACCAGGACGCCACCUGCCAGGAGCCACUGCUUAAUGUGCUGAAGGCUUACUCAGUCUUAGACCGAGAGAUUGGCUACUGCCAGGGAAGUGUGUUUAUUGUAGGCCUGCUGCUCACACAGAUGGCUGAAGAGGAAGCCUUCUGCGUUUUUGUGAGGCUGAUGAAGGACUUCAGAAUGAGGGAGCUCUAUAGAUCCAGUAUGGUUGAGCUCGGCUGCUGCAUUUACCAGUUUGACUCUAUGAUUCAGGAGCAGCUUCCUGAGCUUCAUUCCCACUUCCAGACUCAGGGUUUUCACACCUCCAUGUUCUCCUCAUCCUGGUUUCUCAACAUCCUCCUGUCAUCUCUGCCUAUCACAGCUGCCAUGAGAACUUUUGAUAUCUUCAUGUGUGAGGGUUUGGAGAUUGUCUUCCGGAUUGGUUUGGCUGUGCUUCACAUGAAGCAGACAGAACUCAUCAAGCUUGAUAUAGAAGGAAUGAUGAACUGCUUGCAGAAUCUAGAAUCAUGGGAAUCAGAUCCUGAUGGGAUGAUUGAAGCAGCAUAUCAAAUCAAAUAUAACCCCAGCAGAAUGAAACAACUGAGAAAAGAGUACACCUCUAUCAAAACUAAAGAGAUGGAGGAGCAGGAGGAACUAAAUGGACUUUCCUCAGAGAACAAACAUUUAAAGCAUAGACUUGACAUUCUGGAGAAGAGGUGCUCUGAGAAACUGGUGUCACAGCUGAAGAAAGAGCUGGAGAAAUAUCUGCUAAAUGCAGCCAGGUCACAAAACGCUUUAAAGGAGAUGCAGGCGAACAUCUUGCAGAUAGAAGAGAGCAGCGCUGUGCCUGAUGAGGACAGUGUGAUGUAUCUGCAGACGGAGCUGAUCAGCUGUAGACUGCGGGAAGCAGAGGCACUUACAGAGCUCAAAGAGCUGAAACAGCACAUUAAAGACAUGGAAAAGAAAUGGCAGAGGCAGCAGGUGCAUUGUGCAGGUCAGCAGAAGGUCAGCAGUGCACAGAAUGACCUGCAGGUGGAGCUGUUGAGCACAAGACUGAAGGAAGCGCUGACUCAGGCCGCGCUUAAAGAGAGCCGCCACAGACUGCUGCAGCUGCAGACAGAGAACAAAAUUCACAGUAACCAGCUAAAGCGUACUGAAGCGCACAUAAACAGUCAGCGAGAUCAUCUACAGGAGUUGACAUCACAGAACCAAGAUCUGUGCAGCCAAUUACAACAGAGCAGACAACAGUUUUCAGCUGUUCAAUACAAGCGAAAAGAAAAGCAGGAGGAGAACAUGACCAUCAUCGCAAGUCUUCAAAAGCAGAUCACAGAGUUACAAAAUCAAUUUUGCCAACUUAUUCAGGUUUACAGUGAACCAGCUGAUGGGCCUCAUUGACUUCCAAAGCCCAUCAACUGAUUGCUUACCCAUAUUCUUCAGUCAAAACAUCUUCUUUCGUGGUCAGCAGAAGAAAGAAAUUCAUACGGGUUUGGAAAAACUUGAGGAUUCAGAGCCUCUCCAAGUGCACCACAUCAUUUUCUCAAUCCACACUAAAGUCUUCCACACCCGCCUCUCUGGAGCACAAUGACACCUAAAAAUGGACAGCUGCCCUAACAUCCCGUCAACCUGUCUCCAGAAGCACUGAGACACUGAAGAUGUUCUAUUAAGAGCGCGACCCACAGCCGCAGUGUCCACUGUAUGAGAGAGUCUUCACAGCACCAGCUGUUAAUAAUGCUGCAACACAUUAAGUGUCAUGAGCAAAGACACGCUGUGACAGUUUUGCCAUCAACACUUAAAAGUGACAAGAUUUCGUAUCCUUAAAAAAAAAAAAGAAAAAAAAAAGAA